AAAAAGACGACUUUUCAAAUGUUCAAAUGCGAGGGUGUGACUGUGUAGGUGUAAGGGCUCACUUCGGGAUCAAGCGCGAAAGGUGGCCCCAUGCCUUCAUUCGACUACUUCGACAACUCAUUCCGAUGCUCUCAACCUCCUUGUUGCGGCGCACUAUCGGCACGCAGCCUCUGAGGCGCUUUUCCACAGGGACAGGAGCAGAAAAGGGCAUGGCUCGACCUAUUUUCAAUGAGUCAUACACGCCGAUAUCUGCCGCCACAGCAGCCUUGGAGAACAUUUCAAAGUACAACAAGUACUUGAACGCGUUUGUGGACGUCGCGGAUCCGGAGACCGUUCGGGACCAGGCCAAGGAAGCUGCACAUCGAUGGGAAAUUGGUCAGGCCAAAAGUGCUCUGGAUGGGACUAUCAUGGGAUACAAAAUGAAUCUUUGUACAAAGGAGUUGCGAACGACGUGUGCGUCAGCUAUGCUGGAAAAUUUCCAAGCACCCUAUACCGCUACCGCUAUUGAACUGCUUCAGGAAGCGGGUGCAAUCACUGGCGGGAAAGCCAACAUGGACGAGUUCGGAAUGGGAUCGCACAACGUCUUCAGUAAUGCGGGUCCAACUAGGAACCCGCACGGCAUCAUGGGUCGUGCGAUCGAAACCCUAGACGAGGUAGAGGGCCGCUCCCCUGGAGGAAGUUCAGGAGGAAGUGCUGCCGCUGUAGCCAGCAACAUGUGUUUUGCGGCAUUGGGAUCAGAUACUGGAGGAUCUGUCAGAUUGCCCGCAUCGUACUGCGGCAUUGUUGGAUUCAAGCCUUCAUACGGCCGGAUAUCCAGAUGGGGUCUUGUUGCAUAUGCCAGCUCCCUGGAUACCGUCGGCACUCUUACCAAGACUGUUGAUGACGCCAAGACGAUAUAUGACAUCAUUUCUAAAGAGGACUUAAAGGAUUCAACAUGCUUGACACAGCGGCAACGCGACUCGAUUGAAAAAGCAAAAAAGCCUAUCAGAGACACAAAGCAGGGAUCCAAACCACUGUCAGGUAUCAGAGUCGGCAUCCCACAAGAGUUCAACGUUACAGAACUCUCACCUGCUACGAAGGCAUUGUGGAGACGAGGUAUCCAAACUUUGAAGGAUGAAGGUGCCACGGUCGUUCCUGUUUCAUUACCGAACACAAAGCUGGCAGUAGGAGCGUACUUCACAUUGGCGACUGCAGAAGCGUCAAGUAAUUUGCAGCGAUAUGAUGGAAUCCGAUAUGGUCAUCAAAGUGAAGAGCGGGAUGAAAAAAAUGCGCUAUAUUCUCAUACGCGAAGUGAGGGCUUUGGCAAGGAGGUCAGGCGGCGAAUUCUUUUGGGGACUUAUGUACUCACAUCAGGGUCAUUCGACAACUUCUUCUUGCGUGCACAAAAGAUCCGGCAGAUGAUUCGUAGGGACUUUGAUUCUAUCUUUGCGCGCCCGAAUAUGAUUACAGGCUCACUUGACGGAGAAGGCGACGCCUCAAGGGUCCAUGCACUCCUGACACCGGUCGCGGUGACAGCGGCGCCGAAACUGGAGGACGUGGUCGGAGACCAUAUUGACCCAAUCAAUGCGUAUAUGGACGAUAUCCUGACUAUUCCAGCGAGUCUUGCAGGAUUGCCGGCCAUGAGUGUACCGUUUGCUACUUAUGGGGAUGAUGGCUUCCCUGUGGGGCUCCAGGUGAUGAGCCAGUAUGGCGACGAGGAGAUGGUGUUCAAGGUCGCGCGGAUCAUAGAAAAGAAGGGACGUGAGACACUAUAAUCGUAAAUAAAGUGAAUCAUAGAGAACGAGCACCUCUUGCGUUUUUCCAAAGGUACUCUCCGCAAGGUCCGUGUUCACGG